AUGAUCGACAUCGCUCCAGAAUUAACUUUCAGUCGUUUCAGGAUGCUUUGGUGGAACGAUGAGCAUAUCUAUGCCACUCUCGACUUCUCUUCGGGACCGCAACCAGCAACUCCACCGAAAGACGACAAGAAAACGAGUACUGUCAAAAAAGAAGAAGAGGAUCAAAAACAGUUUUCUUUCUUAAGCGACCCCUUCGAUCUCGGAUGUUCUCGAAUCACUCCAGUACCGAACCAUCAUCAUCGCCAUCUCAACCUUCCUCAGGCAGGAUCGUCUAUGCAUCGGGACGAAGUGAUCGAGCGAAAAGCGUCGUCGCUUGCGCCAAAGUCGCCCAACGUCGAAUGGCGUUGGUUACCCAAAUCGCCGUGUGAUCAGCGCCGUCCGGCUAAAACUGCGCCACUGAAACCACAAAUCGCUCCGAAACCGACAAAUAUCGUCAACCCAAGAAUGGUGACUUCGAUGCCAACUCGAUCAGUUACGAUGGACGUGAUCAAUCGGGAAGCGGUGGUAAAAGCCCGUCAGAUUUAUGCUCGAGGACAGCAGCAACAACCUACGCUGCGACAAUCGUUGAGUAUCGAGUCGUUCGCUGACUUGAUGGGCGAGAAGAAAAAGAAAUUCCGUUUCGUCAGAAAAGUCGCGACGUCGUUCCGUUUCAAGAAACCUGAAAAAGAGCCCGUCGUUGAAAAGCUCGUAUCAGCGCCCGUCAACAUUUCACGAUCGCUACCGCAAAGUCCGCAUGUCGAACGUAAAUUGAAGAAGCCAGCAUGUCUCGCCUCGUCGGAAAAAGCGACCAACGCAUUUUCGUGGCUACCAUCGAGAUCUCCCAAGCGAACUCAUAAAACCACCCCUGAGAACGUCCAAGGAGUCGUCAGCCCUACCGAUACUCUGGAAACUUUGGCUGAGAAAAACGAUGGUAUACCAUUGUUUUUAGCUCGUUGCGUGGAAUUCAUCGAAAAGAUGAUCCACGAAGUAAGUGAGGUAAGUGGCUGA